UCUUUCCAAGACCUUCUUGAGAAGGCUCGCGUGACUCGCCAAGCUCCUACUGAGCGAACCUUCCACAUCUUCUACCAGCUUCUCGCCGGAGCAACCGAUGCUCAAAGGAAGGAGCUACUGCUGGAAGACAUCAGCAAGUACAAUUUCCUGAGCAAUGGACACGUGCCGGUGCCCGGGGUCAGCGACCUGGAUGAGUUUGAUGUCACUCAGGAUGCCUUUGACAUCAUGAGCAUGACUGAUGACAGCAUGUCUGUGUUCAAGGUUGUGUCUGCCGUGAUGCUCUUUGGUAACUUGGUCUUCAAGUCCGAGAGAAACAACGACCAAGCCAUCCUCCCGGAGACAACAGUUGCCCAGAAGCUGUGUGCUCUGCUUGGACUGAAUGUGACUGAAAUGACCAAAGCUCUGCUGAAACCCAAGCUGAAAGUCGGCCGUGAUUUUGUGCACAAGGCUCAGUCAGUUGCACAGGUUGAGUUUGCUACCCAGGCCCUGGCUAAGGCUAUCUACGAACGCCUCUUCAAGUGGAUUGUGGCCCGCAUCAACAAGUCGCUUGACCGCACCACGCGCACCGGGGCAUCCUUCAUUGGCAUCCUGGACAUUGCUGGCUUUGAGAUCUUCAGGAUGAACUCCUUUGAGCAGCUGUGCAUCAACUACACCAACGAGAAGCUGCAGCAGCUGUUCAACCACACCAUGUUCAUCUUGGAACAGGAAGAGUACCAACGUGAAGGUAUCGAUUGGAAGUUCAUCGAUUUUGGUCUGGAUCUCCAACCUUGCAUCGAUCUCAUCGAGAAGCCCAUGGGUAUCCUGGCUCUCCUGGAUGAAGAGUGUUGGUUCCCCAAGGCUACCGACAAGAGCUUCACUGAGAAACUCUGCAAGACUCACAUCAAACAUACCAAGUUCCAGAAGCCAGACUUCCGUGAAGACGCCGACUUUGCCGUUCACCACUACGCCGGAAAGGUGAACUACUCAUCAGCGGCUUGGCUGAUGAAGAACAUGGAUCCACUCAAUGACAAUGUGGUGGCCCUUCUCCAGAACUCCAAUGAUGCCUUUGUCUGCAACAUUUGGAAGGAUGCUACAAUUGUCAGCAUGAGCGCCCUUGCUGGUGGAGAUGCAGCAUCCACGUUUGGCUCCUCGCGUACCCGCAAGGGUAUGUUCCGCACAGUUGGUCAGUUGUACAAGGACCAGCUGUCACGUUUGAUGGUCACACUACGCAACACCAACCCCAACUUCGUACGCUGCAUCAUUCCCAACCACGAGAAGAAGGCGGGUAAGAUUGAUUCUCCACUUGUGCUGGAGCAACUGCGUUGCAACGGAGUCUUGGAAGGAAUCCGUAUCUGUCGCCAGGGUUUCCCCAACCGUGUCUUGUUUCAGGAGUUCAAGCAACGCUACGAGCUGUUGACGCCCGGCGUCGUCCCCAAGGGCUUCAUGGAUGGCAGGAAAGCUGUCCAAAAGAUGAUUGAUGCCCUGGAUCUGGAGCCCAACCUCUACCGCAUCGGACAGAGCAAGAUCUUCUUCCGUGCCGGGGUACUUGCCCACCUGGAGGAGGAACGGGACCUGAAACUGACAGACAUCAUCAUCCAAUUCCAGGCUCACUGCAGAGGAAUGAUUGGUCGAAAACUCUACCAAAAGCGUGUGCAGCAGUUAAGUGCUAUUCGCGUCAUCCAGCGCAACUGUCGGUCCUACGUCAAACUACGGAACUGGAACUGGUGGCGUCUCUUCACCAAGGUGAAGCCCCUGCUUAAUGUAUCUCGUCAAGAGGCCGAGAUGGAAGCCAAGGAAUCCGAACUGCGGAAGGUCAAGGAAAAGUUGAGCAAGUCCGAGUUGGUGUUUGCCGAGUUGAAGAAGAAUCACGAUCAGCUGCAGGUGGAGAAGAGUAUCUUGGCUGAACAGCUCCAGGCCGAGACGGAGCUUAGCGCCGAAGCUGAGGAGAGGAGUAUCAAGCUGUCUGCCAAGAAGCUAGAGUUGGAGGAAAUCCUUCAUGACAUGGAGAGCCGCAUCGCAGAGGAAGAGGAACGUGGCCAGUACCUGUCGGCCGAAAAGAAACGACUUGGAGCUCACAUCCAGGACCUGGAGGAACAGUUGGAAGAGGAGGAAGCCCAACGCCAGAAACUGCAACUUGAUAAAGUCAGCCUGGAUGCCAAAGUGAAGAAAUAUGAAGAGGACCUGGCUUCAUUGCAAGACACCAAUUCCAAGUUGAACAAAGAGAAGAAGUCGAUUGAGGAGCGUUUGUCGGACGUGGAUGGCACCUUGCUGGAAGAGGAAGAAAAGAGUAAAGGUCUAAUGAAGCUGAAAUCGCGUCAUGAAUCCACUAUUGGUGACUUGGAGGACAAACUGCGUCGUGAGGAGAAGCAACGCAGUGAUUUGGAGAAGUGUAAGCGCAAGAACGAGACUGAUCUGAACGAUCUCCGUGAACAGCUGAAUGAACUCCGAGCUCAAGUGGAAGAACUGAGAGCUCAGUUGGCCAAGAAAGAGGAAGAUCUGCAAAUGGCUCUGGGAAGGUUCGAUGAAGAAACAGCGGCCAAGAACGCUGCCCUGAAGAAGGUCCGGGAGCUGGAGAAUCGAAUCUCUGAGCUGGAAGAAGAUCUGGAUGUUGAAAAAAAUAAUAGAAUAAAGGCAGAGAAACUCAAGAAGGACAUGAAUGAAGAAUUGGAAGCGCUCAAGUCAGAGUUGGAAGACUCCAUCGACUCCACCGCUGCUCAGCAAGAGCUCCGCAACAAGCGUGAGUCUGAGCUGGUGGAUCUGCGCAAGGCGCUGGAGGAAGAGACUAAAGCCCAUGAAACGGCCGUCGUGGAGCUGCGACACAAAAAUAAUUUGAUUGUGGAAGGGUUGAAUGAACAAGUAGAAGCCCUCAAGAGGAGCAAAACAUCUCUGGAGAAAAACAAGGCAACGCUCGAGUCCAACUCAGCUGAGUUGAGCAAUGACAUCAGGACGCUGAACCAAUCCAAGCAGGAGUCGGAACGCAAGCGCAAGAACCUGGAAGCUCAGCUGUCCGAGAUGACCGUCCGCCUGACGGAGACUGAGAGAGCUCGAAGUGAAUUCUGUGAGCGUGCAGCCAAGCAACAGAACGAGUUGGAAUCCCUGACCACCCAACUCGAACAAUCUGAAGCCAAAGCAUCACAAUCCAGUAAGUCAGCAAACUCCUUGGUGGCUCAGCUUGCUGAAGUCCAGGAAAACCUGAAUGAGGAGACCCGCCAGAAGUUGGAUCUCAGCUCCAAGUUGCGAGCCAGCGAAGAUGAGAAGGAACAGCUCCAGGAGCAGCUUGACGAAGAGGAACAGGCCAAGAACAACCUGCAGAGACAAGUCAGCAGUCUGACUGUGCAGCUGCAAGAUGCCAAGAAGAGACACGAGGAGGACCAGUCAUCUUUGGAUUAUGCUGAGGAAACCCACAAGAAGAUCCAGCGAGAACUGGAUGCGACCCAGUCCAGACUGGAGGAGGUCUUGGCCAGCAACGACAAGCUGGAGAAGACCAAGAAGCGGCUGCAAGGAGAGCUGGAUGAUGUCACUGUGGACAUGGAAAAAGAACGAGCUCUGGUCAGCAGUCUGGAGAAGAAGCAGAAGAAGUUUGACAGCCAUCUGGCCGAGGAGAGAAAUGAGAAGGAACGUUUGAUGCAAGAGAAAGACCAGACUGACAAGGAACUGCGCGAGAAGGAGACCAAGGUCAUGUCAUUGAAUCGUGAAUUGGAAGAGCUUCAAGACCAGCUGAUGGACAGUGAACGCAUCCGGAAAUCUCAGGCAUCAGAAUUAGAGGAAGUCAUGUCAUCCAAGGAUGAUGUGGGCAAGAAUGUUCAUGGACUGGAGAAGUCCAAGAAGGCUCUGGAGACCCAAAUUGAGGAGAUGAAGAACCAGAUGGAGGAACUGGAGGACGAGCUCCAGGCCACCGAGGAUGCCAAGCUCCGUCUGGAGGUCAACAUGCAGGCGCUCAAGGCCAACUUUGAGCGCGAGGCGGCCGCCAAGGAAGAGGCUCAGGAGGAGAAGAGGCGUGGCGUCAUCCGACAGCUGCGUGAGAUGGAGGUUGAACUAGAGGAGGAGCGAAAGCAACGAGGAGUGGCCAUCAAUGCCAAGAAGAAACUGGAGAUGGACAUGAAGGAUCUGGAAGGUCAGGUGGAGGCAGCGAGUAAGAUCAAGGAGGACAGUAUCAGACAAGUCCGUAAACUCCAGUCCCAGAUGAAAGAGUACCAGCAGGACCUGGAUGAGGCUCGCCAGUCCAGGGAAGAUCUUGCUGCAUCUGCUCGUGAUGCUGAACGUAAACUCAAGACGAUGGAGACGGAAUUCAUGCAACUACAGGAGGAACUAGCUACAUCUGAGCGCCAGCGUCGUAAGGCCGAGUCGGAGCGUGAUGAGCUUCAAGAAGAAAUCAACAGCAACAUGUCCAAGGGAAACACCCUGUUGGAAGACAAACGCCGCUUGGAUCAGCGUAUCUCUCAGCUAGAAGACGAACUUGAGGAGGAGCAAAGCAACGUGGAGAUACUGAUUGACAAAGACAGGAAGAACAGCCAACAGAUUGAGACCAUUACCAAUGAGCUUGCCUCAGAGCACUCCUCCAACCAACGCCUGGAAAAUGCCAAGAUGCUCCUUGAGAGACAAAAUAAGGAGUUGAAAGCCAAACUGCAAGAUUUGGAGGCUUCCAUGAGUAAGAAGAUCAAAUCAGCAACUGCUCAGAUGGAGAGUAAACUUGCUCAGCUGGAGGAACAAAUUGACAGUGAGGCAAGAGAGCGCAAUGCAGCUACCAAGGCCGCCAGACGAGCAGAGAAGAAGAUCAAGGAAUUGAACAUGCAGGUGGAAGAUGAACGACGACAUGCUGACCAGUACAAGGAGCAGGUGGACAAGGCUAACCUCAAGAACAAGAACUUGAAGCGUCAGCUUGACGAGGCGGAGGAUGAGUGUACACGAAUCAACGGCCAGAAACGUAAAGUUCAGAGAGAGCUGGAUGAGACGACGGAAGCUAAUGAAGCUCUCCAACGAGAAAUCAGUUCCCUCAAGACCAGAGCAAGGGGUGCUGGGUCAUCGGCCCGUCCGAGUCGCUAUGGAGGCAGGCGAAAUGUCCCAGCUGAGAGCACCAGCUCUGCCGACGAUUUACCAGACGGAACUGGAGAUGGCAUGGAGUAAACUAACAACAAACCAAUGACUUAGAAUCGUUCUUCCAUUUUUCUGCUUUGUAGGGGGCGCCAUGCUAGCGUCAUUAUGCAAAUUUCGUAAGUAGCAUUGGUACGUGACUCAGUCAAGACCACCUGACUCAUAUCUUUUCAGAUGCCAUUUACAAAAACAUUUAGCAUGAAAGAAAUUCAGCUGUGACACACAUUUAGUAAGAAAAGCAAGUAAUUUGAUGUUUCUGAGGGCAAUGUUGCAUUUUUGUAGCAAUUAUGGGACAUUUGGAAUUUGUGUUUUGAUUUUUGAUGUCAGGUAUCAGUGGCACUCUUCGUCAGUUUUUAUUUACAGAACUGAAAGAUUCUUGAGUUUUCAGCACUUUCGCUUUGCUUGUUAUUAAAUUUUCAUCACCACAAUUGAAUGUCCAGCACGAGUAUUAGCAGGGUGUUAAAAGUUUGUUUUGGUUGCUUAGAAAGGAAGAUUUUUUUGGUGGCAUUUAGGCGUGAAUUGUAUUUUGAACUGAAUCCUUUAGUUAACACCAAGGCAGUGCAGGUUUUCCGUUGUGAUUUUUAUUUAAUGAUUGAGAUGCUAGAAGUAGCACACAUAAACGUCUUGGCGGUUAAGUCAUUAUUUUUAUUUAUCAAUCCCUAAAUGAAAUCAAACUUUAAAAACAAAGUUACAAAAGAAUUACCAUGAUAUAUGCUAAAUUGUGGCUAACAAAAUUAGAAUUAAUGAAAUGAAAGUUUUUCUACUGAAACUAUUCAAGUAUGGACAAAUGAUUACCGUUCAGGAAGGAGGUUUGUAUGACAGUGGUGUUUUAUGUACAUGUUGACUUCGGUGGAAGGGGUUUUUCUUUUUUGGUGUUUCUGCCGUUAGAAAGUUGACAGCAGCAUUCCUUGAAAGGAGAGAAUGGGGGACGAAAUGCCAGUGUUUCAGAAAUUUCUAAUUUGUUGAAGUAUAUUCCAGUGUUGACCCCUACUGCUGUAGAGUAGACCUAAAUGUUCUCCUUGCAAUUUUAGAGUAAAGAGGAUGAACCGCACAGUCAUGUUUGCAGCAAACUUGAUUUGUACUUUACACAGAAAUUUAACCACUGUUAUUUUAUAUUGAACAAUAUAGUGGUCAGUUUAUAUAUUUAGUUUAAUCAUAGAAACUAACAUUUCCAAUCAGUGUUACAAUUUAGCACUUUCAUUUCUUUUAUCUGUUUAUUUUCUGUAUGUGAAAUUAUCUAAAGUGCUGUUUUGCUAUCUAAUAGGUUGUUUAAUAGACCCAUUGAAAAGGUAUUUAGUAUGUGUUCAAUACCUUCAAGAAAACAUCCACUUUCUUUUCGUAGUUUGAAUUUGGAGAAAUUUGUAAACACUGUUCUCUGCUUUAUUUUGACAGCAUGAAGAGGUAAGAUUGAAAUGAAAACACAAAUAUUCAGACAGUGAAGAGUUAGAGAAUUAAUGUUAGAUUGCAUAUUCUUUUAUCCAAACAACACUGGAGCGAGGAGUUGGCAGCAGUUCCGUUGAAUACAGGCUUUUAACUAAUUGUUGUUAGGUAUUGAUAACUGUCUUUACUCCCACAUUAAAUAGAAAAAAAUCAACAGUUAAUUCAACCUUCAAAUAAGUAGCCUCCUUGUGUGGGAUAUAUCUUACCUUUACUCAAAAGGAAUUCUAUGUUAAUGGUGUGGCUAAAUCCAUAUGUUUUUGGCAUUGUCUGGCAAAUUAUAAACUGACUUUUUUGAUGCAUUCCAAAAAUAUAUUUGUAGAUUUCCAAAUGUGGCAGAGAAAGGGGGUUGGUUUCAGGUGUUAGACUAGAAUGAAUUGGUAACUUCUGGUUACUUGUUUUUUGUCCGAAAUCCCUAAUAUGUUAUCUAAGCUUAAGCAGUUUGGAGAAUUGAAAAAAAAAGUUGGCACCUGUACAUAUUUACAUUGAGGAAACUUUGAGAUUUGCUGUAAAUGUAGCCUUAUGACUACUUAGGAAAAGUUGAUGAAUGGUCGAGGAACUGAAUCCACAAGACCUCGGGGUGUUCCUACUAAUGACAUACAUUACCCAUACCCUUUGAAUCUUGUACAGUCUGGAAUGAAUACCGUAAUGGUGUCCCAAACCUGACUCCAGUCUUACCUGUGUUUUUUAAUGUGCAUGUAGCGCUGUGCUGUAGACAGAUACGAGAGUCUCUUUACUCCUGUAAGUUGGCGCGUGGAGAGCGAGUAGUUGGCCUUUUUGAAUUGAGUACUAUUUUCAUGAUUUUGCACAGUCUGAUGGCAGGUCACAUGCUGCGUUCCAUACUGAUUUUUUUCUUUGCAUUCAGAGGAACUUAGUAACUGAACCAGAGCAAAGGUAGGCUAAAAGGAAAAAAAAAAGCCGUUUAGUUUGUUUGAAAUUGGUUUGAUUCUGAGGGUGAUGUAUUUUGUGUUCUAAGCUUGCAGCAGCCAUUUUUAUACUUUUGUUGACAUUAGUCUAAGAACUGAUAGACAGUAUGUAUCGUAUGUUAUAUAGAGUGCCUUGGUGGUGGUUCUUUUUGUACUUGAGAUUGCUGGGUAGCUUAACAUCCAUUAUUUGUGUAACUUGAACAGUUGCUUGUCAAGUCAACUGUUCAUAUUUUGAGCCCCCAGAUUUAGUGUUUGUAAACAUACACUGCAAACUUUAACACUAACCCAAAUUUAAGUAUAAUGGUCUUGAUGUAAUGAAAUUCUAAAAUGUUAGGAUAGAAAAACGGUUGGAAAACUUGGGAUAUGUAGGAAUUUUUUUAAUCGCAAAAAGAUAGAGUUGACUUGUAUAUCCCUUGUAUGCUUAUUAAUACUAUUAACAUUAAAUCAUUUCUGGCUCAUUUCCAGAUUGAAAAAAAAAAGCUAAUCUAUGAAAACCUUGCAAAAUUGAAAUUUAAAUAAAUAACACUGUAUUAAUA